UUUCACCGCCAUCCUGCUGUGUGCCGCUGGCUGUUAAUUGACCAUGUCUUCUCACAAGACUUUCAGGAUCAAGCGAUUCCUGGCCAAGAAACAAAAGCAGAAUCAUCCCAUUCCCCAGUGGAUUCGGAUGAAAACUGGUAAUAAAAUCAGGUACAACUCCAAGAGGAGGCACUGGAGGAGAACCAAGCUGGGUCUCUAAGGCAUCCCACAUCACGCGAUGUCACACCUAAUGGGCACCACGUAUUUAAUUAAGCUACUGAAGAUCAUGUGUUCUAUUCCAUCACCCUGUAAACACCUUUCUGCCUGGCCAAUAGAUACCAUUUAUCAGCGAAAGAAUUUUCUGUUACUAUAGCUCUGCACCAGUCAGUUGGUUUGGUAAUAAAUGUGAGGCCUUUGAGAUGUA